GGGGGCGGGCCGGAGCCCCAGAGCCCGGUUAAAAUAGGGGUGGCAGCGCGCGAGGCCGAGACAGGAACCCCCCAGCAGAAAACUAGCUGAAGCGGCAGAGGGCCAGGAUGCAGACAAUCACUAAGAACCAGCCACCAGUGUUUGACAAGCCUAAAGUAGAACUUCACGUCCAUUUGGAUGGAGCCAUCAAGCCUGAAACUAUCUUGUACUAUGGCGAGAGGAGAGGAAUCCCACUUCCUGCCAACACAGUGGAGAAACUCCAGGAAAUCAUUGGCAUGGACAAGCCCCUGAGCCUCCCAGAGUUCUUGGCUAAGUUUGACUACUACAUGCCAGCUAUUGCGGGUGACCGGGAGGCCAUAAAACGAGUGGCCUAUGAGUUUGUGGAGAUGAAAGCAAAGGAAGGUGUGGUGUAUGUGGAGGUUCGGUACAGCCCUCACCUGCUGGCAAACUCCAAAGUGGAGCCCAUCCCCUGGAAUCAGGCUGAGGGUGACCUCACUCCUGAUGAAGUUGUGUCUCUCGUCAGCAAGGGCCUGCAGGAGGGCGAGCGAGACUUUAACAUCAAAGUCAGGUCUAUUCUAUGCUGCAUGCGCCACAUGCCAAAUUGGUCCCCUGAGGUGGUGGAACUGUGUAAGAAGUAUCGCCACCAGACCGUGGUGGCCAUCGACCUGGCUGGAGAUGAGACCAUCGAGGAUAGUAGCCUCUUUACUGGGCAUGUACAGGCCUAUGAGGAAGCUGUGAAAAGUGGCAUUCAUCGGACAGUUCAUGCCGGAGAAGUGGGGCCACCCAAGGUUGUCCAGCAGGCAGUGGAUGUUCUCCAUGCUGAGAGGAUUGGCCAUGGCUACCACACUCUGGAAGACCCCACCCUGUAUAACAAAUUGCUGAAGGAGGACAUGCAUUUUGAGGUAUGUCCCUGGUCGAGCUAUCUCACAGGAGCCUGGAAACCAGACACCCAGCACGCGGUCAUACGAUUUAAAGACGAUAAGGCUAACUAUUCACUCAACACCGAUGACCCCCUCAUCUUCAAGUCUACCAUUGACACAGAUUACCGCAUGGUUAAAACAAAAAUGGGCUUAACUGAGGAAGAGUUUAUGAGACUGAAUAUCAAUGCAGCCAAGUCCAGCUUCCUUCCAGACAAUGAGAAAAAGGAGCUCCUUGACCUACUGUACAAGGCCUAUCAGAUUCCACAGUCAACCUCCAGAGAGUCAGAGUGAUGAUGCCUCUGCAGGACAGAGCAGGAGAAAAACUACUGAUCCCCAGAAUGCCUCAGUAACUACCAUGCACUCAGGAACCAGAUUCAAGCUUCCUUCCCAGUACGGUGGGGGGUACUAUAAUCUUAACCAUUUUCUUUCAUGGAGCAAUGCCAAUGAACAAAUCAACUCUUCCUGCUAUACAAGUAGCCAGCUGUGCUUUAAUUAAUAUACCUCGAUGAGAAACAUUUAUUUAGUAUGGAAGUGCUCACCAUCCACGUGACUCGGGCUAUGGCUUAUACAUCAUUUAAAAACAACUGUGCUAGAUGACCAACUUGCCAGGGGCCAGAUCUGAGGCACCUGUGAAGAAGCAAUCCCAGGAGUCUGCUGGGUGUGGGUAGGUGGGGGUGCUCGAAUCAAUAAAGUAAUCAAUCUA